AUAAUGUGAUCAUUUAUGCAUGCAGAAGGUGUACCACGUAGAUAAUGAGUCAGGCUGUCGGUGGCACUGAUUCUGAUAAAGAAAAAGUACCUUUAUUUGCCGAAUAUCCUACUUAUACUGUACCUGGCGCGAUGACUACCAAAGAACCAUUGGAGUUAAGUGGAUCAAAUGGACAGAAGGUAGAAAACAGCAUGGAAUCGCCUAAACCGGGAAAAGUAACAGGAACAUUGGCCCUGGCUUGUGCUGCGGCAGUAUGCGGCUCAUCGCUUCAAUUUGGAUACAACACUGGUGUUAUCAACGCACCCCAGAAAGUCAUUGAAUCAUUCAUCAAUGAGACAAACUACAAACGUAGUGGUGAGGCAAUGAGCCAAGACAGGGUGACUUUCAUCUGGUCAACAGCAGUGGCCAUCUUUGCUGUAGGGGGUAUGGUAGGAUCGCUAUCGGCUGGAUUCUUUGCAAACUACCUUGGAAGAAAGAAAAGCAUGCUGGCAAACAACCUAAUUGCUUUUGUGGGAGCAGCUCUCAUGGGCUUUUCCCAGAUGGCCGCCUCGUACGAGAUGCUCAUCAUAGGAAGAUUAAUCAUUGGUAUCAAUUGUGGACUCAACACUGGCUUUGUCCCGUUGUAUCUGUCUGAGAUUGCUCCCUUCAAUCUAAGAGGAGGAAUAGGUGUUCUUAAUCAAGUGGGCGUGGCUAGUGGUAUCCUCAUCUCACAAGUCUUUGGUCUUCCAGUGGUCCUAGGUACUGAUAAAUGGUGGCCGUUGCUGCUGGGUCUUACUGCAGUCCCUGCCGUCUAUCAGCUGAUAGUUCUUCCAUUCUGUCCAGAGAGCCCUCGUUAUCUUCUCAUCACCAAGAAUGAAGAGGAAGAAAGUAGAAAGAGCCUGGAAUGGUUGCGCCGGGAUACAGACGUAGCGGCAGACAUGGCUGAAAUGAGACGAGAGUAUGAGGAGGAGACUAGGGAAAGAAGAAUAACAAUUCUCGAACUUUUAAAGAAAGGAUCACUCCGAAGGCCCCUUGUCAUCAGUAUUGUCAUGCAGCUUUCUCAGCAAUUGUCAGGAAUCAAUGCUGUUUUGUACUACUCCACGUCUAUUUUCAUCUCAGCAGGAGUAGCGGAAGACACCGCUCCCUAUGUUACCCUCAGCACAGGAGGAACCAUUGCAUUGAUGGCCUUAGUCACAGUACCUUUGAUGGACCAUGCCGGUAGGAAGACCCUUCACAUGGUUGGUCUAGCUCUUAUGUUCAUCUGGGCUAUAGUCCUAACUAUCUUCCUCAACCUUCAGUCUGUGUGGGACGGUUCUUCCUAUAUCAGUAUCAUCUCUGUCAUGUUAUUCGUUGUUGGCUUUGGCCUUGGUCCUGCAUCGAUUCCUUGGCUAUUAGUGGCUGAGCUCUUCUCUCAAGGACCACGUCCAGCAGCGGUCAGUUUGGCCUUCAUGACCAACUGGAUGGCUAAUUUUAUUGUUGGACUCCUUUUCCCUCUUAUGCAGGAUGGCCUUGGAUAUUACGUCUUUCUAAUCUUUGCUGGCUUUCUGGCAGUCUUCUUCUUCUUCACCUGGAAGUUUGUCCCCGAGACCAAAAAUAAGAGUUUUGAGGAAAUCAGCGCGCUCUUCAAGUCAAGCAAGCAAGACUAUGAGUCGAACGGCACAAAGAAUGUUUAUGAGCAGGGCGACCUCCUCGCACAGAACAAACUCUGACUUCUGCCAACUUUUCAUCUACAGUAUAUACCCGCAUAUUUGCUCAUCAUGGUGUGAUGUAUAUCUUUGACCAUAAUCAAUCCAUCCAGCCACAGAUAUACCUCUUUUCCUUGUCAUUUUUAUGUGACCAUCUCUGUGGAUGGUCAAACAAAUUUUGUCCCCUUUGACGCUGGUUUGUCGCGUGUAUACAUACAUUCAUCUUUUAUUCCCGUACAUUCAGAGGAACAGAAUCUACAUACACACACACAUACACGUUCAUGAUGAAAAUUGAGGACAUAGUUUUCUGAAAAAUAUUUUCCAACAUAACCAUAGACUUUUGUGGCAUGAGGAAUCUUGUCUGUGGAUGGAUCAUUAUUAUUUUUUAAACACAACUGUGGACAUACAUGUAUAUAUAUCUUUAAGAAUCAAGGAUUUUAUAACUGAAAAUGAAAAAUCCAUGAAAAAGAUGAAACUGUACCUCUAUAUGCAAGAGAAUCUAAUUUGGGACCAUUUGCAAUGGGUCGGCGUGCCAGGGACAUCCUUAGUUUACUGUACUUGUAUGUCCUCGGUCCAAAUGUGACAGUUUGGAUGUGUGUCCUCAUUUGCCAGAAUGGGUAAGUGUACACAUAUAAAGAUGAGUCUUGCAAUAAGUAAAAUGGAAAACCCUGCUUCAUAAUAUACUGAAACUUAAGUGAUGCAGACAGUAAGUUUUAGAAUUUACUUUGACCAUGCAAGUGUUGCACUAGAUCUUAUGGAUUGACGUCAUCGCUCCGCCAUCUUAAAGGCAAAAGCCAUUGCCUUGCGUACAUUGGUGAUCUACAGCCGGUGCAUCUCUGACAACUUGGUUUACGUGUAUUCCUUAAUCCUUUCUAUGAGAAUGUUACGUCAUUUGCAUAAGGUCUAUGAAGAGGUGAAAUAAUACACCAUUUUCAUGAAAGUAGAGAUUUGUUUGAUGUAGAUUGGUAAUUUUGAGAAUUUUUUUUGAAGUGUUUCACCAGAAAUGAAAGGCUGGAAUGUUCUCAGAUGUAAGAUAAUCAAUUUUAAUACUAGGCCUGUGUCUAACUCAUCUUUUUGUCAUGUACUGAGUACACUGCCAUUAUGUCAAUAUUUGUAUCCACUCACAGUUCAUUUGAUUAUAUUUUUAUAUCUAAAAAUGAUCAUUAGUGCACUGGAAUAGUUCAUAAUUUUGCUAAUGAAUGAUGAUAUUAUUCACUCUAUUUUUACAAUUAAUCAUUGAUAUAUUACAGUAUCCACAUUUCAUAAGAAGAACAAUACAAAAAGUGCAUAGAUGGUCAUAUUAUCAUCUAUAUAGAUCGUUUUAGCCAUACAUUAAAAAUGCGUAUUUUGGUCUGCAUCAAUUGGUUGUGCAGUAUCAGAGCGUAUACCUAGAAUGACCGAAAUUCCCAAGAGUAUCUCAUAGGCUUCUGUACAAAAUUUGCUAUUAGUGCGCAUGCGCGAAUGUGUGAAAUAUACAAUGCGUACAACAAUGAAAGCAAUGCGGUGGGCAGCAUAAGAGUACAACGACACUCGACGUCAUAAUGAAUUACAUGCAAGUCGCAUGUCAACGACCAAUUUUUGUCUCACCUGCAUAGCAGAGUGAGACUAUAGGCGCCGCUUUUCCGACGGCGACGGCGACGGCGGCGUCAACACCAAAUCUUAACCUGAGGUUAAGUUUUUGAAAUGACAGCAUAACUUAGAAAGUAUAUGGACCUAGUUCAUGAAACUUGGCCAUAAGGUUAAUCAAGUAUUACUGAACAUCCUGCCUGAGUUUCAUGUCACAUGACUAAGGUCAAAGGUCAUUUAGGGUCAAUGAACUUAGACCAUGUUGGGGGAAUCAACAUCAAAAUCUUAACCUAAGGUUAAGUUUUUGAAAUGUCAUCAUUACUUAGAAAAUAUAUGGACCUAGUUCAUGAAACUUAUACAUAAGGUUAAUCAAGUAUCACUGAACAUCCUGCAUGAGUUUCAUGUCACAUGACCAAGGUCAAAGGUCAUUUAGGGUCAAUGAACUUUGGCCGAAUUGGGGGUAUCUGUUGAAUUACCAUCAUAACUUUGAAAGUUUAUGGAUCUGAUUCAUGAAACUUGGACAUAAUAGUAAUCAAGUAUUACUGAACAUCCUGUGCAAGUUUCAGGUCACAUGAUCAAGGUCAAAGGUCAUUUAGGGUCAAUGAACUUUGGCCAAAUUGGGGUAUUUGUUGAAUUACAGCCAUAAAUUUGAAAGUGUGUUGGUCUAGUUCAUAAAACUUGGACAUAAUAGUAAUCAAGUAUCACUGAACAUCCUGUGCGAGUUUCAGGUCACAUGAUCAAGGUCAAAGGUCAUGUAAGGUCAAAGAACUUUGGCCACGUUGGGGGUAUUUUUUGAAUUGCCAUCAUAUCUCUAUAAGUGUAUUGGUCUAGUUCAUAAAACGUGGAAAUAAGAGUAACCAAGUAUCACUGAACAUCUUGUGCGAGUUAUAGUAGUUUUCAAAAUCAGCACUGCUGCUAUAUUGAAUCGCGUAAUGCAGGUGAGACGGCCAGAGGCAUUCCACUUGUUAUCUUAAGAAGUGAUGAUGCCAUUUAUGUGAUAAGUGAUAUGACUUGUUUAAUCAAAUUUCUCCCUCUUUUUUAUUGCUAGGGGUGGGAUAGAUGAUGAUAAUUAUAUUGGAUGGCUUUCUUUCAUGGAAUACCAGAAAUAUUCCACUCGUUAGGGCCAAUAUUCCACUCAUCUGCGAUUCGUGGAAUAUUUGCCCAAACUCUUGGAAUAUUUCUGGUAUUCCAUUUUGAGCCAUCCAAUAUAAUAGAACUAUUGUACAAUACAUACAUAUAUGAUAUUGCAAUGGAAAAAAAAAUACAUUACAUGAAACAAUAAACCAAAAUCUAAACAAUACUUAUUUACAAACAGACAAGAGAAACAGUAUAAUAUAAAUGUGGGGGAUCAUUUAAAAAAUUAAAAACUUAUAACAUAAAUCAUAUUAAACAAUACACAAACUGCUGAUGAAGAAUAUCCAUUUGAUUAUGGAUGGAGUGUACAAGCCAGUUUGAUUUUGGCUUUAUACACCGAUCAUGUGAAUUGAGGUUCUUUACUUCAGAAAUAUGUUGAAAAAGGAAUGUAAUUGAUUAUUGCAUGCAAUGUUUGCACGUUUUUUUUAAUGCAAAUAUGGAUAUUUUCAUAAUUAAAAAUGUUCAGGUUGUUGCUUUUCACGCUUAGAGCAUGGGAAUGGGACCUGUUGCACAAAAGCUACUAUUGAUAGAACAUUUCACAUCGAUAAUAAGGUAAUGCAUUACAAUCAAUCACAAUAAACGUUUCCGUCGAAGUUGCCAUACAUGGCAAAGUAACCAUAACUUAUAAAAGUUUCAUGUAAUUAAGUUUGGGUGACAAUUAUUGCUAAUGCACUGUGCAUGUGGCCGUGUGUAUAUGUAUAUACAUUUAUGUCUGUAUUUUUUUUUCUUGUGUACUUGUUCUGUAUACUUUUGUAUAGUAUUACACUUUGGCGUUUUUUCAUAUAAUUGUUUUUAGAGUGACAUUUUUCUUUUUAAAUAUCACAGGAAUAAGGCCAAUGAAUUAGAUUUUGAAAUUGAUUUUAACAGCAUUUUUAGAGAUGAAAUUCGCUGUAAUUGGUGAAUAUUCUUACUGUAGAAUUGAUAUGACUUUGUUUUACUUUUUGCAAAAUUGAUUACAUUCCCUAAAAGAAAUAGUGCAAAGUAAAGACAAGCCGGUGCGAAAUAAUCCAGAGUUGUUUUGAAAUUUUUUGAUAUCAUUAAAUAUGAAAAAUGAAGUCACAUGACAUGAGUCAUGACAUCAUAAUAGAAUGGUUAUUAUGUCACAAGUUUGUUCACCAAAUUUUUUACCCUCUUUUUAAACUUGAAGCCUGUAAUGAGUGUUUUUUUUAGCAGAUGAAGUGCAGCGGCUACAUAUGCUACUCCAUCAAAUCUGAAUAAUGCUGAGCUUUGUUGCAUUAUAUCAGAAAAAAAUCUUUGUGAAACACCCCUGGUAUAUGGACAAUCUGAAAGAAUAUUUGUUAAACACCCCAACCCCCCUUGCUGGACAACCUGAACAAAUUUGUGAAACGCCCCUCCCCCAAUAUAUCGAGCUGUGGUUCACCCAAAAUUACAUAUUAAAAAUGUUAUUUUUAUUAUUAAUAAUGUAAUCCUUCCUUUCCCCUGUGAUUUCUCAUUUGCUGGAUGUAUUAAAAUUGAUUUAACUCUGUUUUUAACCUGUUUGAAGCGUAUUCUUUGUAUAUAUUCCACAGGCAUCUACAUCUAUGAAUUUCAUGGAGGAUACGCCCAUGUUGCGUUGAUAAUAAAUGCAACACACAUACAACACUACAUUUAUUCUACAACUCUUGUACUGGUUAUUUAUAAGAAAUUCUCCUAUGAUUUAUAGUUAUCCUAAAAUUGAUUUGAAGAUAGUUUGUAUUGUUUAAUCAAACCCUGUUUAUUAUUAUUUAUCAUUUCAAAUGAUUAAAACCUGAAUUUGUGCUAUUAUUCCUCUGCGUAAUUAGUAAAAGUUGAUACCGGUUUCUAGAUGAAAGUCCAUAAUUACAAAUUGUGGGUAUCACAUGUGGUUGAACUCAUUUUUGUAUACAAGACGGUAAAGGUAUACCUAUUAACUUGUGUUUUUAUGUUUUUAAUCGUGAGGUGGGAUUCAGCAACCCUUUCAGCUACUAGUAUUCUAUUUUAUUAAAUUGAUCAUGUACAUGUAGUUUGCAUGUU